UCAUCACUGCAGUGUGGUGUGGGCAGAGGGGCGUGGUUAGGGUCGGCUAUAAGAGAAGACUCACAAAGAGCUCUCUACAGUGCGGUCAGAUCCAUACUGACGAUUCCAUUGGUUCCUGGAAAGGGAAGAAAGACCAGAGCGGAGCCACCAGGACAGGUUAUUAAUCAUGGCGACUACACAGUACUUAAUCGGUGGACAGGGAGGCAGGUCAUUUAGUUUCACUGGCCGUGACAAUGGUGCCACCCUCAGGAAGAUUGGAGUGGAGGUGGGCGGCUCGUAUAUCAAAGCUGUGCGGGCAGAACUGACCGACGGGCGUACGAAGACCUUUGGAGCGGGUGACAGUUUCCGUGAGUUUACGUUUGGGAUUGACGAACGCAUCACCAUGCUGUCCCUGUGGGGGAACGGUGCCGGAACACGUCUGGGUGGCAUCAAGUUCAGGACGAGUUCUGGAAACAAGUUCGAGGCCCACAUGAGUGACUGGGGACUGAAGACCGGCGAGUACUCCAUCGAUGUGGGGUCUGGAGUCUGCCUGGGGUUGGAGGGGAGAUCUGGUGGUGCCAUCGACAAUAUGGGAUUCCUCUUCAUCAAUGCCAUCAAGUCGUCUGUGCUAACCGACAUGACCUAUCCCAGCCUGGCCAUGUAUACACCCCAGGUAAACAAAGAAUACGUAAAAUCUAUGUCUUAUCACAAUGGCAGUACUGCGGAUCAAGGGCAUAAAUGUGCGUACAGCAGAUCUGUGACCAAGUCUAACAGCUGGAGCACCACCACUAAGAUUGAGUCCACCGUCAGCCCGACUGUUACAGCAGGGAUCCCGGACCUGGUGGAGGUGUCUGGUGGGUUUAGCGUGACCGUGGGAGCGGAGCAGACCUCCUCAGUGUCCAAAGAAGAGACCAUAAACGAAUCAGAUGAGGUCAAUGUGACGGUCCCGGCAGGAAAGACCGUGAAAGUUGAGGUGUCAGUGGAACGAGCAGACAUCGACAUCCCCUACUCGGCCACAGUGAAGAUCAGAUGCCUGAAUGGCAGCGAGCUGCAGUUCCAAACCACCGGCCGCUACAAUGGUGUGGCUUACACUGCAGUGGAUGUAAAAACCACUGAGUCUGAUUUUGUGAACGAUGGAGAAUAAGAUGCAUCAACAUCUUACUGUGCACAGUUUUAAUAUUGAUUGCAUAACAUUGGUUUGAUUGCUAAUGUAGAGUGACUGUCACAGAUAAAUAAAUCAUAAUCAUAAACCUG